GAUAAACGUGUAGCGUCGCGUGCGCACGAGUGAGACGAUGUCGCGUGCGCAGUUCUUCAUAAUUUUAUUAGCGAUUAAUAUUAUUGACGCAGAAGAUGUCACGCUCAUCCCAAAACCAAAAAAAGUCCUGGAUACUGUUAUGAAUCCAUCCUACAUACCAGCAGACGAGAAACAUGGUUCCUACUGGAGGAAGUCGGCAUCAGAGGUCAUAAAGUCCAAGCUCAAGGAAACCUUGAAUACGAAUAAAGCCAAGAAUGGUAUAUUAUUUAUUGGGGAUGGAAUGUCACUAGCAACUGUCAUGGCUGCCAGGACAUUUGCUGGCCAGUUGGAAAGGGAAUUAGGAGAAGAUAAUAUUUUAAACUUCGAAAAAUUUCCUGUUACGGGAUUGGCUAGGACGUACUGCAUAGAUGCUCAAGUACCAGACUCAGCGUGCACUGCGACUUCCUACCUAACGGGAGUGAAGACCAAGUAUGGAGUCAUCGGUUUAGAUGGUAACGUCACAAGAGGCUCCUGCUUCUCACAGUUGUACAAAUCUAAUUGGUCACCAUCUAUUGGCCAAUGGGCGUUAGCAAAAGGAUUAGAUGUUGGUAUUGUCACAACAACAAGAGUGACACACGCUUCCCCGGCGGGAAUGUACGCACAUACGUCUGAGAGGAACUGGGAGUCAGACGCUGAUGUACCAGAAGAGUGCCUGAGUUUGGGCUGCAAGGAUAUAGCUUAUCAGCUGAUUACUACAAAUCCUGGGCGACAGUUCAAGGUUAUUAUGGGCGGUGGACGUCAAGAAUUUAUGCCAAACAUCAGCAAGCCUUUCACCAACAACACUGGCAGACGUCUCGACGGCCUUGAUCUCGUCGACCUUUGGCACGAAGACAAGAUUAGCAUGAACGCGACACAUCAAUACGUCGCUGACAGAAGUGAGCUGAUGAAGGUAUUCAAUUCAGACGAUCUCCCCGAAUAUCUUCUAGGACUCUUUCAAAGCGAUCACAUGGAUUACCACUUAAAGGCAAACAAUCAACCAACGCUGGAAGAAAUGGUAGAAGUUGCCAUUAAAAUGCUGAGCAGGAAUGAAAAUGGGUACUUCUUGUUUGUGGAAGGUGGCAGAAUAGACCACGCGCAUCACGACAGUUUAGCACGUUUAGCACUAGAUGAAACAGUUGAAUAUAGUAAAGCAGUUAAAAAGGCGAAAGAACUAACAAGCGAAGAGAAUACACUUAUCGUCGUGUCCUCAGACCACGCACACACAAUGACUGUAGCUGGAUAUCCAUCUAGAGGCAAUGAUAUUCUAGGAGUAGUUGACACAUCUACUGGUGAUGAUGGGAAACCUUACACAGCUAUAAGCUACGCUAAUGGAAAAGCAGCAUCUUUUGAUGAACAUGGAAGAAUUGACGUUACAUUACACAGUCAAUUUUCAAAAGGUGAUUUAGACUACUCAUACCCAAGCUUAGUUCCUCUUGAUUCGGAGACACACGGAGGAGAAGAUGUCGCAGUAUUCGCUAGUGGGCCUUGGCAGCAUCUAUUCACGUCCAGCUACGAACAAUCUGUCAUACCACACAUGAUGGCUUAUGCCAUGUGUCUAGAUGAUAAUCCUCAUGAAAACUGUAGGCCGAAAAUUCAACGAGCGUUUUGGACAUCUAACGGACUUAGCUGAAUGAGGAUUGCGGAAAGCAGCCAGCACUGGAUUGCGAUAGGCUCAAGUGACAGAACACUUUUUAGACCGAUCUGAGGAACCUAUUUUAAUUACUUUAUUCUCAAUCCGCUAUGUAAUUUAUUCCUGAUUUUAUGUAAUAUGCUGUGUUGUCAACUAUUUUUAAAAUGAUCUUUUUAUUUGCAUACCAAUCUUUAUUAGUUUUAGAACAAAUGUGAUAUUUUUAUUGCAUUUAAUUGCAAAUAUUUAAACGGAUUUGUACAGAGGAUUUUUAAAUGUUGAAAAUAUAAAUCUAGUUACUCUUAAUAAUAAAUUUAUAAAUUAAAAUAUUAAUUUUAAUUAUAUUCAUUAGCUAUGUAAAUAUAUUAAAUAUUAUGUUGUAUGAAGCGACAUAAUUAUGUAUGUCGGCGGUAAAGAAAGGUGUUACAAAAUCUACAUAUUAGGUAAAAAUCUAAAUGCGUAAAUUCGUAUGCUUCUCUUCAGAAAAAGUCUUUAAUGGCUUUAAAAAAAAAUAGACAGGCCUUUGUAAUAUUUUGUUGUAAAAUGUGAAUAGACGAAAUGAAAGUGAUCUAAAAAAACAAAUCAAAAAAGAAAACUAGGUUUUGAAUCUGUUCUUAUUAUACUAGCUUUGUUAACAGACUAAGUAAGGCUUCCCCAAAGGAGUAAAAAUAUGUUCACUCUAACAAAGUAUUUUUUUUUUUAUAAUGUUAAAUGUAUUUAUUUCCUUUCUGUCAAUAAAGUACAGAAAACGGCCAUAAAUAGUUAACGAUAUUAAAACUGAGAUUUCGUGAACCAUUUUGUUAAUAGUAUUAUUGUUAUAUAAUAAUUUGAAUAGAAAUAAAGAAUGAGUGAAUUA